AUGGGUGACCUUAAUGAGACCGCCUCUCUUGAUGAAAGAGAAGGAAGCAACUCGGACUGUAUUGAUCAGACUAUUCAAUUUAGGGAGAGAUGGGAUAGAUGUAAUCUGCUCGACGCGGGCUGGUUUGAAAUCAAAUUCACCUGGACGAGAUGUGCCCAUGGCCAAGUGGUCUUACAGGAACGGCUUGAUGGAGUCCUUCACAAUACUGAUUUUAUGGAACUGUUCCCUAAUCUCCAAACGACCAAUCUCCCCAGAUUCCAUUCGAAUCAUAACCUCAUCAUGGUAAACACCAAUGUUAACCUUCCUAUGGAGAAAGACAAAAGACCGUUCAGAUUUGAAGUUAUGUGGCUCACCCACCCGGGCUUUAACACUGUCUUUCAUAAUGCUUGGGAGAAGAAAAAAACUAUUAUGGACGGUGUUACAGAAACUGAAAAAGAUGUGAAAAUCUGGAAGGAAACAGCUUUCGAUGACAUCUUCAAAAAUAAAAGAACUCUACAAAAUCGUAUAAAAGGCAUUCAAAAAUCUCCAAAAUAUAUUCACUCGAGGCGCCUUCAAGAGAUGGAGGAUUGUUUGAACGAAGAGCUUCAACAGUGCUUAAUUAGGACGAAAUCCUUGGUUAAAAAAGUCUAG